CGUCGCUGAAUCCCCAUGACUCCUUCCCUUCGCUUCUCAUUUUGCCUACCUAUCCCACUACCAUGUUCGGUGAGAACGAUGGCGACGGUGUAAGCCCGGUCCUGUAUUUGAAGAUAUUCGACAGCUUCGACAAGGAGAUUUCUCCUCGGCUCAAGGACAGCAUCAAGAGUGUGAUGAAUGAGGAAACGAAGAAGGUCAAGGGGUUCCCGGGGGACAACAACGUGCCCUACACAGAGAGGCUGAAAAUCCUGGCCGGCAUUAUAAACCCUGAAGACCUGCAGCUCGGCACCCUGAAGACCUUCAGAAGCCAGUGUUGUCUAGAUCCUAGCACAAGUUCUACAAGGGAUCCAUCAUCAGCAUCGUUCAUUGAUUCAGAUCCAUUGUGCCAUUGGAAUGACUUGGAUUCUGCCGUUGUCACCAGCCCGAGGUUGGUUUUACGUUUCUUAUUGGAAGAGUGAGAUGCCCAGGAUAGAAUCCAGUUUGUAUCAAUGCCUCAUUGGUAAGCAUGCUCAGGUUUAAUGUUACUGCAAUUUCCUCCCUAAUUUCAGCCUUAGGAACUAUACCAGAUCAUCAUAAGGGUGUGUGAACUCGCACCUGGUCUUGAUGCUAUUUUUGCUGCAUGGUAGUCAUUAUUUUCUUAUGUCUUGCCAGAUGACCUCUUAAGUUCCUAUUUUAUUUUAUUUCUCUUAAGAGUGGUGUCUCUUGCAGAAUAGAAUCAUGUAGAUUCGGCUUCAUACAAGCUUCAUAAAGAAAUAGUUUUAAGGGAGGACUUCAAAGAGUAUUUUGCCAAAUUUGGUAAAGUGCGGGCAAUACAAAAGGUAGGAAGACCAUAUGAAGACCAAUACAAAUAGGAGGAUGCAUGAGCUUCAGAUAUGAUUGAAUUCAGUCAGAAGAUGGAGACUUGAAGGAGGAAUUAGUGGAGAAUGGGAAGGUGGAUAGAACAUGGGAACCAAUCAAAUACGUGUAG